UAAAUUGCAGUAGCUGCUUUGAAUUUAGUUAAAAGGCUAAGUGUGUUGCUGCCAUUGCUAAAAGUUGGUGACUAUAGAUAAAAUGCAAUCACUGCGAGAUACAACUUUAUUAGUUGAAAAAAUAGCGCACUUUCGCACGAGCAGCUAAGAAAGUAGCAGCUACUGCGAAACAUAUUACGCGCGCGAUCCCGACAUGCGAUUCGCAAUUGUUUUUGAGACGUUGCCACACCUGUAUGUAUCAGCGUACAUUACUUCGCGUGUGGCAGCGUGUGGUACGGUAUCGUUCUUUUCGUCCCGAGUUUCGUCGUAUAAUAAUUCUGCUCAAUUCUGUUCAACGUAUUUUCCUGCGAGUGUCUUCUAAGUGACGUGGCCGGGCGUAGGAGUCCCGUCUGGGCCGUCGAGCGGUUCACGCGUCUUCCGACGGAAGAUUUUUUGAUCCUGCGGGAUUGCAUCAUCCCGCGCGUGGCCCGGUUGCCGGGCCGUUGCAUUGUUCAACUCGUGUUUAGCCUGUUGGUUCGACGUGGCCGUGUCACAUAUAAUAGUCACACAAUGGAAGUACCAAGUGAUGUGUCACAAUUAUUAAGAAGAUGGGGUGUAUCGGAAGCCGUUAUCAAAAGAUUCCAAGAAAAUCGGAUACGAGUAGAACAUUUAACGAAAAUGACAGAGUUUACUUUGGAAAAACUAAUACCUAUUGCGGGUGAACGUUUAGAUUUAAUGGACCAUUUGCAAGCGUUUCAAGAGAAUUAUACACAGACACAAUUUAUUAGUAUACCAUUUACCGUGCCAGUUAUUGAAAAUGAAAACGCUGACAAUGAGAUGUCUUUUGACACAGAUACAGAUACCCGCAAAACAAAUAUAUCUAUUAUAUCAGUAAAAUCUGAUAUAGCAUCUGAUCAAUCAGAAUUUUCCAUGUCUUCAUUAACACAGGGCGAACUAAGCAAUCCCAAACCGUCAACGUCGCAAGAAACAGUAGAAACAUACCGAGAAACAUACAAAUCUCCAACAAACCAAUUAUAUGAAAAGAAUGAUAAAUAUGAUUUAUUGGCCUUACUACAGUCGUCCACUUCAGGAAAAAUGGUGUUGGCAUACUUCCGUGAACAUGCGUGUCUCAACUCUUGUAUACGUAAAAUACUCGCGAACGAAAUAAUUAACAACGAACUAAGUGUUAAUGUAUCUGCUGGAUUGCCAAACGAACGAGUGGAAUUUCUUGCCAAACAAAUAAUAAAAUACUUUCCAUCUGAGCUGGAAGUCAUAUGGAGGGGAACAUAUGUGCGUGGUGGUAAGCGUCAUCGAGAGAGUUCUAUAGGAAGAGGUAUACUAUUACAGCGGUAUUAUAAUAUUCGCAGAAAAUUAAGGAAAUGCGGUGUGUUGAGAAAGGAAGUGUUAACAUAUACUACAGAAGAUUCUGCUACCUCAGAAGUGGAAUUAGAUGAUGAUAUCACAUCAGAUAAUAUUCAGUGGUUAAAAAAUAAUAGUAAACCAUGGACCAAAGUACAAGAAUUAUGGAGACUGACAAACAGGGGUAGAAUACGAUUGCUACAAAAAGAAGCAAUUGCUGUUCACGUUUAUAUGGAUAUGUUUCCUGCCUUAAAACAUGUAAAUGGUUAUCUACUAUUAGAACAAGAUUUUGAGGAAGUUUAUCCAAAUUCUGGAAUGAAGUUAUAUGCGGAAUGGCCAACGCUUGCAACUUUUAUUGAAAGAAAAGUAUCAAAAACAGAAAGAGAUAACAUUAACAACUCUCUUACUCCUGAAGGUAAAAAAGUAAGAACACUGCUUGCUAUAAAUUCGUUAUUCACAGUAGUGACUACUUUAAAAAGAAAGAAAAUAAGUUGGCGACCUUCGCGCCAAGAGUCACGUGAGGCAUUUUUACUUUUUGUGAAGACUACAAAUGACAUUGAACCCACAUUGAAGUUGAGGAGAGAAAAAUAUGCAAAGUAUGGACUUACUUUGGGAGUGCAAGCCGUAAUUGUUGGUGCACAGUUGGAUUACAUUAAGCAUUCCUAUAUAAUUAUUAAUGACAUAUGUUACGAGGUGGAGACUGCAUUAAAAGCAAUUGAUAUAGCGUUCAAAUCAACAUAUGCGUUAGAUACCAACUACCCAAGUGAAUGUGCCAGGGAAUGGCUAUUUUUGCAACGAUGUAUAUACGAAAUCUCUACACCAAGCGACAAAGAUAUUUGUAAUCUUACAGUACUAGGUUUAAUAGAAGAGUACCUAAAGAUUAAGGCUGACAGUUAAGUAAGUAAAGUUGAGUUAUAGCAUGUUAAGCUAUCCUUGCGUUAUGAAGUGAUUAAUUAAAAGUAAUCUUUUU